AUGCGGAUUUAUUGCCUGUUGACAGUCUGUGGCUCUCUGCUGUGUCUGUCUGUUUACCAGAGGUAUGUUGAAGGUGAAAUAAUAUUUGACACUUUCAGUAUUAAGAAAACAACAAAUUAUAGUGCACACAAAGCCUUUCGGUAUUUGCUGAAAGAAGAGGAUCCUCCAAAAUAUGAGAGAGCCCUUACACUGCUUGAAGAAAUCAAAGAAUGGCUGCUGUCCUUAUUAAUACCCAGACAUCAGACCAAAACUCUACAAAAAAUCAAGGAUAAGUUAGGCACAGAUCUGAUAAGGCCACAAAUUGAAGCGGAAACACAAGAUUUGCAUGUAUGUAGGUCUUUGUUAAUUUGUCUUUUAUGUGGCCAUUUUGAAUGUGAUGUUAUUUUAAUUCAUUUUGCAGAGUUAUUCACAGUAUGGCAAGACUAUGUGGUGAUGGGAUACAGUAUCACUGCCUGUAGUGUAGAAUAUGAACGAAGUAAAUUUGAAGAUUAUCUCAAGAUACCUCCUGAUGGAUUCCGACAUACCCAAGAGUGGUUGCAUUGCAAUCGAAAAGAAACUUCGCAGCACUCAACCAGUUCCUCCAACGCUAUCACCUCGGUCGAUCGAUCCGCAAACGGGCGAAUGGAAGUUGGUUGUGCCAAUGUCCAAGCGGUGAUGCGACGUUGGUGUUGCUGUUCUUAGCGACGUAUUGCUUUAUGCCGUUGAUGGCCAUGACGGUCAGCCGUAUAUCUAAAUAGCAAAGAACACUAUGAUCCUUAAACCAACUUGGUCGUCUGAGGUAGCGCCCACAUGCCGCACGUGUGUCGGUGUAGCUCUAUGGUUAUCUGUAUGACGUUGGUGGCCAGGAUGGCGUCAGUUGUCUUAACUAUGUUGAACGCUACGACCCAAAAGAAAACAAAUGGAGUGAAGUCGCCUCUAUGAACACUUGCCGAUUAGUUGUAGCUGUUGCCGUCCUGGGUGGAUACUUGUAUGCUGUGGACGAGACGACGCCACUGAACUCUGGUCAGCUGAGAGCUACAAUCCUAACACCAACACAUGCCAGUCCCAUAUUGGCAAUGAGCUCAAGAAGGAGUGGCGUCGGACUUGCCGUGGCAAUGGAAAGCUAUACGCAGUAGAUCGAUUGAAGUCUACGAUCCGGAGCAGAAUCAAUGGCGACUGUGUGUCACCAUGAAUAAUCGGUGGCUCGGCGGUGGUGUGGUACUUGUCAAAUGCCUCAACACGAAACUCGCUUGAGGUAACAAGAGCCGCAAUCUGACUUGAAAAUUGUUGUUGGGACUAACACACACACACUUCAUCCUGUCAUGGAUUAUAAUCGAAAUUUUGUAUACGUUUUUUCUUUCUCGUCCUACAUGAAAUUAUUGAAGCGCCUUGCGGAGCUUAGCAAAGGAAUGGUACCUUUUUUUGUUUGUUUGUGUGUUUAUUUUUCAUUUUACAAUUUCGUUGAAGAUUCUCAAUCAAGACUU